CGUUAGCUUUCUCUUCCUCAUCCUUCCCCCUCCGCCCCUCCCCUUGGACGGUUUCUUGCUUUCAUUCUUGCUUUUCCCCUCCUCCUCCUUCCCUCAUCCAUCCAUCUCUUCCUGUCCAAAGCUUUUUUAAAUUUCCGCGCCUUUCCCCCAACAGUCUCGGCUUUGGCUAGUCUUUUCAUUUGGUGCAGGAGAGGAGCAGGGCCAGGGAGACCCCAAGGAAGAAGGAAAGAAAGGGGCCCAGGCAGCAUCGGAGAGCUUUCCCUGGAUCUCUUCUUCCUCCUUUCCUUCCUCCACCCCCCAAAGGGAAAGAGGAAGAGCCUCCAGCCCUGCGCCCUUUUUCCUCCCGCGAAAAGGAAGGAGGAAAGGCGGCGGUGCCUCUGCCUCCAAGCAAGAGAAGAGGAGACGCCGCUCCAGCUCCCAGGUCUCGCCAGCAAACCAGUGAAGGAAUAAUAUUAACACGGAGAAGUUAUCUCAUGUGCAAGUCUUCACAUCCCUUAAUGAUUCUGAGGCUCGAAACAGACCAAUUGCUGGAAGUUGCUCCUAACAAAACUUUCAGAAAUGACGUGGAGUAAAGUAUCAACAAGUGUCAGUGGCAACUGUUAAAAAUGGUGCAUACAAAACAUCAGUGAAUAUGAUUUUAGACCAAUCAGCACAGAGAAGGAGCAUCAGAUCUUUAAAAAGUUUCAGAAAAUAUUUAGAAACAACUAGGAAAAAUGGUUGUCUUAACGGUCAACAAAAAAAUGUGCUAAAAUGUAUAAUUUUUUAUAAAAGAAAACUGUAUGUAAUUAAAAGCAUAAGCAUGCACAAUUCAAAAAUGCAUCUAGAAACAAUUAAACUUAUUCUGGCAGGAGAAAUGAAGUCAAGAAAAAUGUGGAAGGAUAUUGUGAAGAAUGGAAAAUUUCAAGUGAAAAUGAAUUGCUACAGUAUACUUAAUGUUAAAGAGGAGUUACAAAUAUAUGUUGAAAAUAAAUACAUAGAAACUGAGUCAUCACUGGGUUAUAUAGCACUUCAAGCAAAUAUCGUAUUAAAAGGUGAGAAAAGAUGUGUCCUAAAAAGUCAGGAGGUUUUGGAAAAUAUUAUGGAAUUAAAGUUACAACAAACGAUACUAAAGAUGAAACAACUUAUUGAAACUGGAAUGCUGCAAAAGAAAAGAUAUACACAAAGAAAUAUAGAUGAAGUACAGAAGAAGUUCCCACCACAUAAAAUGGUUCAUUCUAACAGUCCAGGAAAAAACUUCUUUGCCUUUCAAAGAAAAAUGUACAGAAACAAAAUUGGAAAAUGGAUCAGUGUGCAAAUGCAACCUUCUGUAAUACAUUCUGCCUUUCCAACUAUUGAAAUAGCUAUAGGAGUGUACCAUGGAGAAUUUAAUUCAGCAUUCAGUCCAGGAAAACCAUCACUCCAUAUGACUAAAUUGCUGAAACAUCUCAUGCAGACCUUACAGAGAGUAAAAAAAUGUUUUAAUGUUAUUCAGAAGAGACAUAGAAUGAAAAGUCUAAAAGCACUCAUGGUAAGAAAGCAUCUUGAUACAGAAGAUAGUUUCCGAACCUUUUUAUAUCUCUGUAAAUGCAUUUCUAAUAGUCCAUUGCUUGUUGAAAGAAGUAAACGAUCAGCAGAAGGAGAAACUGUACCAAUAUCUGUAGAUGUUUUGAAGCGUUUAACCUCUGCUCUUAUAGCAGGUGCUACUAUUUUUGGAAUAGCUAUCUUUGCUUUGGCAUUAGCAGCAUGUUACCUUUAUGGUAAAAGAAGGCAGCUUGGUCAGUUUUUUGACACAGUGUUGAAUGAUGGAAAAUCUAGAAAAUCUAGAAAAACCUCUAAAUCUAUUGGUUCUAAAAGCCAUGCAUCUCUUUCACAAAAUUUUCAUUUUGGACAAGCACAGGAAACAAGAAGGAAUCAGUCAGCAUUGGCAGCAGGUACUGAAGCUUACUCCAAAGAGGAAUCUGAUUUUGUUACUAUAAAACAAAUUUAUAGCAGCUCUUAUUCGGAAGUCAGUUCAGAAGUGUCACUUGAUCAUCGUAGUUUGAUUGUAAGAUCCAGAGCAUAUGUUUCUCCUUCUCUGUCCAAUCAAAGCGUAAGAUCAUUCAGAGAUGAUCUAUGUGAUAUUUCCUCUUCACAAGUAUCCUUAUCAGAUGAAAUCAAAACAGAUAAUCACUUUUCAAACCCAUCCAAAAUUAUUCCAAAAGAGAAUGAACCAGUAGCUGUUGUACCUCAAGCAGAAAGUUUAGGUGAUAACCAAGAACAAUGUACUUCUACUGAUCAAUUACCACAGCUAAAGAAAGCAACAGAUUCUUCACAACUCUUUUUUGGUGAAAUCACAAUAGAAAAUCAGUUCUCAGAUCUGUCUACCACAAAAGAAAAAGAAUUGCUUCCUGUUGUACCUCAGCCAGACUCUUUAUGUGAUAACCAAGAACAAUAUACCUCUGAUGAUGGAUUCCUACAGCUAAAGGAAGCAACAGAUUCUUCACAACUCUUUUUUGGUGAAAUCACAGUAGAAAAUCAGUGCUUAAAUCUGUCUACUACUACCCCAAAAGAAAAGGAAUUAGUUCCUGUUGCACCUCAGCCAGAAUGUUUAUGCAAUAACCAAGAACCAUGUACAUCUAGUGAUCUAGUAGCACAGCUAAAGAAAGCAAAAGAUUCUUCACAACUUUGCUUAUUUGGCGAAAUCACAAUAGAAAAUGAGCUCUUAAAUCUGUCUACCACUACCUCAAAAGAAAAAGAAUUGUUUCCUGUUGUAACUCAGCCAGAACACAAUUUAUGUCAUAAUCAGGAAAAACGUACAUCUAGUGAUGAUUCACUAAAGAAGAAAUCCAUUACAAAGUCCAAAUCUGAAACUGAUAUAAGAUUUUCUUAUAGUAGAAUGUCAUGUGCAUCCCAGUCAUUGACCUAUAUUUACAGGUGUCCGUGAUCAGUAUCUGUAUGUUGAAUAUCACAAAUGCUGAUUCUAAUUUCCCUCCAGACAGCAAAUUAUUUGAACAAAUAUGCUUACAUGAAACAUGAAGAAAUUAACAGGUUCUGAACAGUAGAAAUGCAUCCCAUCAGUUUUAAAAAAUGUAUUAUACAUAUUUGGUAACAUUAUUUCUCAUAAAUUGAGUCUGACUAAAUAUAUUCAGUGUUAUUUUAACUUGGGUAUGAGGAUGUAACUAAUUUGGUAUUCAGUAAUUUUGGUAUUCAGUAAAAUCUUUGGAUUUUCCCUUCACUGUUAUAAGGUAGUAGAUCUGGAUGGAUGAUCAAAUACUCAAUUUUUGGUGACUUGCAUUUCAAUUUUAAAAACUUGUGAGAAAAAGCAGUACUUUUUUCUCAGAUGUUAAUAUAAUUUAUUAUAACACCUUUAUGAAAGAAGCAGUUUCUAGUAGGAACAUAUGAUCAUCAUAAAUAGCAUUUAUGGAAAGGCUUUGGCUAUUUUAUUUUGCUUAUAGCAUUCAAAUAAAUAAUACUUGACAACUGUGCAAAAUAGACAAUGACCUUAUUGCAGAUGGACUAAAGACUAGCUUGCUUAAAGCUACAUAAAAAGUUCAAGGCCACUAGAGUGGGCUCAUCAGCUUCCAACUGGUGGCAUUCUGGCUUGCGGCUUUCUUAACUGCUGCUGUGAAAUAUCUGCUCAUGCAGUAGCAGUUUGAGUGAAAGCCUGUUGCUGCCUCACUAGUGGAACUAGUAUCAGAUACUCAGCAUAUGGUGGUGUGUGAUACUUUGAUUUUUUGCUUUUACUCAUUUAUUUUCUUUAUUUUCUUUCCUUGAUGGAACCCAACUAUCUGGGGUUUUUCUCUCUCCCCCUGCUAUCUUUGGUAUUGCUGUCUGUGCAUUACAUAGGCUUACCAUAAAUUCAUGUGUCAUGGAAGUUCUUUCAAACUUGCCAAUUAUUAUUCAUGUUUAUAAUUAAUAUUCUUAGGGCCACAACUUUAAAUUAUCAUAAUGGGGGAGAUCUUUCUACUGACAUGGAAAACAUGAUGGCUAAUGAUGAUUCUUUUUCCUAACCCUUCCAUAGAGCACUAUUAAUAUGACCAGUGGUACACUGUUGCCCUCCUGUGUGGAACAGAAAAAUGCAGGUCAAAACCAGGACAAAGGAUUUGUUAUAGGGGCCUACCAAUGCUCUGAAGGCUGGUGUAGUAUGUACAUCUAGUGGAAAGGAUAUUUGAGUAAGAAAACCCAUAGUACUUCUAACAGUCAUCUUUAAUAUAGACUAAUGAGUCUUGUAAGUUACCAUCACCACCUUCCGUUUUCUAGUCUUCAACUUUUUUAUUAGCCUCCUGUGGCACAGGAGUGAUGGAGAGCAACAUUUCCAUACCUGGAAGGAGCAUCCGUCUAGCAGCUCACUGGUAUCUAUGCUGAGUGUAGAGCUCCAUUUUCCUCUACCAGCCUGUUCACUUACUAUUUGUGACUGACAAUAAGCAUAAACAAGUGCUUAAUGCAAGACUAACUCAACAAGAUUGAGUCAUAUUAGUUAGUCACAGGCUACAGAUGUACUCAUUGAUGUUUGACUUGUGACUUCUAAGACUGAGUGUGUUAUUUUGACUCCUGUAAAAUAUUGCAGGCACCAUUUAAAAAAAAAAAAAGGUUUUAAAGAUAGGGUUUGAUUAUGGGACUUGUUCCUGUGUGUAUCUUGACAUCUUUUGUAUAAACCUGUUCUGCUGUUAAAAACAUAUAUAAAGUGGUUUUAUAUAUACAACAAAAAAGUCCUGGAAAAUGUGAGGCACAAUGUGCAGAUAUACUUUCUACAGGGGUCAGAAGACGCAGCAACUGCUAAACCCAAGGGGCCUUAGUUGGGUUGGAUUGCCAUGAGAUUAUAGUUCUUUAUCCCAGGAGCAUACAGACUGCAUUAUUCUGUUGUGCCUUCUCCAGCAGGCUUCCCGGUGGAGAAGGCACAUCUUCUGUGGUGCCUUCUGCAGCAGCUAAAGAGGACACAAUCUGUACCAUCACCAGUUUUACUUUUUUAAAAAAGCAACACAUUUCUUGCCAAAAUGUAGUUUUUUCUUUGUGUUACCUUUUGUGGCUUCUAGUGAUUUUCCAGAAUGGCUCCAGUAUAUAAUUGUAUGUCAAGUUGAACCUAAUUUUUUUGUAGUCUGGUUCUCUGGGAAGGCUAGAAAUAAAAUCUAGUUUUGACAUGUUCUUUAGAGAAAGUGAAUCCAUAUUUAUUUCCAUUUAUGUCUUCCGCUUGCAGAGAUUCU